UUCGGUCCACGCUCAUCCCCAAAGCAACAUGAAUCUGGUUCCGAUGAUUCUGGCCGUAGCAGUGGCCCUAACAUGCCUGCUGAGCUGGACCACCGCCAUGCCUGACCCUGACCCCGUAGCUUUCCCUGACCCCGUGGCUGACGCUGACCCUCAAUUUGGAGCACGUGGCUUCGGAUUUGGGGGUCGUGGAGGCUAUGGAUACGGAGGUCGUGGCAGCUAUGGAUACGGAGGUCGUGGAGGCUAUGGAUACGGAGGUCGUGGCAGCUAUGGAUUCGGAGGUCGUGGAUAUGGAUAUGGGGGUCGUUAUGGCUAUGGACGUGGCGGAUACUACGGAUAAUCGACUUCCUGACAACACACUCUUCGAUUUCACAUGACAGAUCACCAACUGAUGUCUGUUGC